AUGAGUAAUAAUUUUAAUAAUACAUCCAAUAAUAAUGUCGAUGAUGAUAAAGACAUUAUCCUCAAAAGACUUAAUAGUGAAGCUGCUUUAAAUAGUAAGGUUGAAGUUACAGAACUUGAAAUGAUACUUGCUGAGGAAAAGAACUCAGAUAACAAAACUUUAUUAAGUAAAACACUAAAACUAUCAAAAAAUAUAGUUUUAUCAAGGGAAGAGCUAACAAAUAACUUUAUGGAGAAGUUCAUAGCAAGUUUUGAGGGUUUUAACAGAAAUAUACAAGAUAAAAUCACUGAAAGAUUCUUAAAAAAUUUCCUCUCCCCAGCAAGCGCAGCAACAACUCACAGUCAUAAUAAAGAUACAAUUAGGAAUUUAGAAUAUGAGGGGUUAGAAGUUGAUGUAAUGGUUAAAGAACGAAUGAGAUUAGAAAAAGAAUUAUUACUGAAAAAUUCAAGGAUCUAG